AUGGGGCUGCAGCUAGCGUCCAAUAUGCAAAUGUCAAACUUGAUUUUAGAGAGUGACUGCCUCUCUUUGAUACAGAAACUGAAUAGCCAGAUUCGGAUUGAGACGGAAGUUGGAGUUGUGAUCAGGAAUAUUAAGCGAAUGAUGAUGUAUCUCGGAGCUGACAGCUAUAAGUAUAUCAAGCGAGAAGCAAAUGGGGCAGCUCAUAUGAUGGCGCACUCUAUGACGAUAUGGGAUGAACGAUUGCGUAUGGUUGAGGAGGAGGCACGUAAUGCCCAAAGCUACCGCGAGGCUCUGCUGAAGUAUUGUGGAGUUGAUAUUGAGUACUAGUUUAGUUUAAUUAUGAAUCAUAAUCAUGUAUAUUUAUGCUUUGCCCAUCAAACGUGUUAUAUCCCAAUAGAGCACCCGAGGAAUGUAAUCUUUCUUGCUACUAUUUGGAUAGUGAUGCAGUUUAUUGCUAUAACAUCGUCUACUACCUGCCUGGGCCUUAUGUCAAAGAUGAUGGUAAGUAUAUCUUUCCACAACAAUUGUAAAAUGUGCCAUCAAUAGCAAAACAUGAGGAGAAACAUGCUCUUGCCACCUCUCUCUCAAUUGUUUCUUGA